GAAGAGGAGGAGGAGGGGUCCUCUCGGCUUUAUCUCCCACCCGGCUCCGCCCGCAGCUGGCUGCCUCCUGUCGCCGCUCCGCACAGCUCCGCUGCGCAGCGCCGGGCAGGGCAGCGCCCAUGGGCUGCGGCAACUCCACGGCCGGCGGCGCGGGCGGGCGAGGUGCCACAGGGACUACUAAAGAUGUAGCAGAAGAGUCCGUAUCAGAUGAUGACAAAAGGAGGAACUACGGUGGUGUGUAUGUUGGCCUGCCAUCCGAUGCGGCUGCCAUGGUUUCUGGUCAGACGAAGGCUGCACCGAAAGAAGGAAAUGAACACCUCAAGAUGCAAGCAGCUGGAGGUACGUCUUCUACUAAGACCGGUCACCAGUGCUUUACAGAGAGCUGUCUUUGUGCUGAAGAUUUUUAUAUUUACGUAGCCUUCCGGAGAGCAAGAGAGAUCAGAGCACCAAAAAAAUCUAAACUGUUGCAAGUUCCAACUACGGGUACAACUUAAAGUACAGCAUUGAAUCAGUUUCCUAUGAUGGUUGCAUUAUGGAAACCUCCUGCUGUUCUCCAGUGAAAAAUGAAAUUAGUGAACUCGUGGUGGAUGUUUCUGCACAAGAGCUAACUUUGAUGAUCUGCAACUUAUUUCUCUGUGGCCAUAUUGCAGAUUUCAUCAGCUAUCUGCUACGCUUCAUAUAUUUUCUCCAACAAUUUUUGAUAAUUUUAUAUAGAAAACCAUUACUACUGUCCAUUUAAUAGUUCCUAUGGUAGGUUCCUGUAAAUUAAUUGUUAAUUUACUUCAGAGUAAUAUAUUUGACAGGUUUGCAUCUUUUUGGUAAUAUUGCAAAUUUUAAUAUUUUUGCUGUGGAAACAAGAAUAAGAUUAAAUAAGCAUAAGACUGUCAGGUUCUUUAUAGUUAUUACUGUCACUUUUAUACAGUGAGACAAAUAUUAGUGUUUAAUUUUCGCCUUUUAAAAAGAUAUUGCUCAAGCAAUUUUAUUUAAAUAAGAACAAUGUACUUCAUUGUAAUAUUCAUGUGUCCAUUUUUAUUUUCUUCAGCUUUAUCUCUUUUAUAAAGCAUUACAUGGAAAAAACCA